GAGCAAGUUAAAUUAAUUGAUCAAUUGGGAAAAGCUCAGAAACAUAUUAUAAUAUUAAUUCAUCAAAAAACAUAAUGUUGCAUACCAUUUCAUUGCCUGCAGCCUAUAAGUCAGCCACGUGUCUCAAUCUACACCGUUCAUCUUCACCGUCGCCACCAAUAUGGCCAAUAUCACCAUCUCCAUCAUCAGUUGCAACUUUACCGGCAAAUAAUCAUAAUAAUAUUAACAAUAUUCAUCAACAUCAUCGUCGUCUCAAUAUGAUUCCACAAUAUUCUCUCAUCCAACGUCGGCCAAUAUUUUCAACGGCUUGUAGUAACAGUAGUAGUAGUAAUAAUAGUAAUAACGAGUAUUUGGAAAUUGUGCUCAAAGUUCGCGAUUACGAGCUCGAUCAGUAUGGUGUCGUAAACAAUGCUAUUUACUCAAGUUAUUGCCAACAUGGUAGUCAUGAGUUCAUGGACAGUAUUGGUGUAAAUUGUGAUGCAAUUGCUCGUACAGGAAAUGCAUUAGCAACUGCAGAAGCGUCAAUCAAAUUCAUUUCACCUUUAAGAAGUGGGGAUAAAUUUGUGGUGAAAGUAAGAAUCUCUGGAUUGACACCAACUCGCAUAUACUUUGAGCAUCGAAUCUUCAAGCUUUCAAAUAACGAGCUUAUUUUGGAAGGAAAGACGACGGUGGUUUGGUUGAAUAAGAAGUAUCGUCCUUCUCGUAUACCAUCCGAAAUAUAUAAACUCCUUAAUUAAUUAUCAAUUAAUAAUUCACUAUUUUAAGGCAAAGCCAUUUUGUAUUCUCUUUCUUUCUUUUUUUUCUUAAGAAUUUUGUAUUAAUUCUCUAUCAUCUAAGCCAAAAAAAGUUUAAUAAUAAUAAUAAUAUAAAAAAAUCGAAGAUGAAAUAGAUUUUGUAUUCUCUA